AUGAGUUCAACCAUUCGUGUCAAACUCGGACCUCCACACGUACUCCUAAAGGGCCUUGUUUGGUUCCUGGGCAUCACAACACUCCUUUCAGCACUUACCAACAACCAAAUAUGCAGACAUGUUCGCCUCCAUACUCCACAUCAUCCUGAUGGGCACAGACUCACGGAUGAGAAGGUUCUUUCCAUUCGGCGCAACUCCUUACGGCGGGUCCAAGACAGCAAUACCGAACUACGGGUACGAAUGGACGACGGACAUGGUCCAUUGAUCAAGUACGUGUCCGUCGACGCAAACGUGCUUGCUGCCUUUCGCAGCACUGAUGAAAUUCUAUCCAUGCUUCCACCUGGAAACUGGAACAAGGCUUAUAUUUUCGAAGGCAAGGAUAAGCAGCCUGGUGUAACGGUUAAGGUGGAGAGGCUGCUGGCUGUCGAGGGGGCAUGGUCUCCCCUAAACAUCGACUACUUUGAUCUCAUACCCAUACGGUCGCUCAAGACGGAGUCUGCCGUUCAAGGUACCUCAGAGUCCGACUUCAUCCAGGUCGUAUCUCACCCUUUGUUCUCAGUGCCCAUUGUUAUGAAGAUCGCCAGCUUUCCCAAUACCCACAAUAUUGUGGGCAUAGAGGCUGAGAUAGUGGCGUACCGUCUGCUUGAGGGCGCAGGGGUCGCGCCAAGGUAUCUUGGACAGGUAACCGAGAAUGGACGUGUAAUAGGGUUCCUCACCGAGUAUAUCGCUAAUGGCCGGACCGCACAAUAUUCAGACCGCAAAGCCUGUCUGGCGUCAUUGUCAAAGGUACAUUCCAGAGGCAUUGUGCAUCGAGAUCCCCAUCUCGGAAAUUGUAUAAUUGGCAAAAAUGGUGAGGCUUAUAUUGUGGAUUAUGAAACCUCUCGGACGACGAAUGACUACGUGGCUUUUCAAGUAGACUAUGACCUCAUGUGGCAGUCUCGGGGUGGGUGA